CCCUGUUCCCCACCCCAGUCUGCUCAAGUUCCCAGAUCUAUAUAUUAGUUUGCUGAGACUAGCGGCCUUAGCCUGAGCCCCCCAAACUCCGGGCUCAACUAAACCAAAUUCCCUGUUCUCAGACCCACUAAGGCAGCUCCAGAUCCCCCACUUUCAAAGAGGAAACGGGGUGACGAGGGACAGAGGAACGAGGAGUCCGGGAACCUGCGAGGCAACGGAUAGAUAGUACAAGGGUCCAGGGCCGCUGAGACUGGGAAACUGAUUACAAUUUCCAGGCUUCCAGGGGGAGCUGUCCAGCGAGUCGGGGUGCCUCGCCUUGAAGGGGGUCAAAGUUUUGGCGGGGCAGGAAGAGAAGAAGAGGCCACGGGGUGGGGAGGGGAAGCUGACUCCCUCUCUAGCCGUCCGGUCCAGGGCGUCCCCCGCCCCCCACGUGUCCGCAGCUGCCCCAGCCCCUCGGAGGAAACGGCGCCGCUUCCUGCGGCUCGGGCCGGGGAUAUAGGCGUCCAGCUCCCCCCGCCCUGGUCCCGGCUCUGGGUCCGCCAGCUGCCUCCCUGCUUCGGCUGCACCAUGGCCUCAAUCAGGACCGGCCGCUCUGCUUCUCAUCUCCCUGCGACCCCAGCCAAACUUCGAAGCCCCUUCUGGCUCCUCCUCCUGCUCUAUUCUACUCUAAAUACCCAAGGCUCUGAUGCUCAGACAGUUCCUGAUGUCAACAACAUGGAAACCUCUAACUGGCAGAACGAGGUGACCUCAGAGCAGUCAUAUGCAGUAACAGCCAGACAGUGCUGGGUUUUCUAUGAGGAAUACAUGGGAAACAUCAGCAGAGAGGACUGGUGUGAAUGGGACAUGAUCAGCAGGCCAUACAGCAACUUACAACACUGCCUGGAGAAAUUGGCAGAAAUUUUCAAACAGGGUUUCCCCAAUCCCUGGGCUGAGCAGAUCAUCUUCCAGAGCCACCAGAUGUACUUUGCCAACUGCUCAUUAGAGCGCCGGCCCCUCUUCUUUGACCCCCCAGAAGAGGUGCUGCUUGCACUGAUCAUUGCUCCCAUCUGUCUCAUCCCUUUCCUUGUCACUCUGGUGGUAUGGCGGAGUAAGGACAGUGAGGUCCAAACAUAAAAUAUCCCCAUUCCUCAUCAAAAUAUCUCUUCCAAUUGACAGUUCCUUCCCUUCCCUGGGACUCUAUUCCAUCACCCCCACUCCACCCUGCCCUCAACCACCCCCUGGGGAAGCUCAAUCUGAACUUCUGGUGGGAAUGGGAGCAGAAAGGGAAAGACAAGUGGGGAAAUGGGCUCUAGAAUUACCAUAAUAAAUAAAUCAAUUGUUGGGGGGGUUUCCCUCUCGAAGUUCUCCAUAA